GUGCUUUUUGUAGGGUACAUUUUUAAUACAGCACAUACUUAAAUAUACAGGCAUACAAAACUGUGAAACAAGAUCAGAAUAUGGAAAGUCUUACUUCUAAUGUAUCAUGUACUUCAAUUUGCCAUGUAUACACUUUAUUCUGUGCAAAGCACCCUACAAGUAUUUUCUUUUCCAUUGCAGGUACAGAGCCCCCAAAAAGGGUAUGUUUUAAAUGUAAUUAAGGGGGACCCAAUCAAAUUAUUUUUGGUAUAAUGACUAAUAAAUACUUUCAAUCUCAGAAUCUUUACAAAAUAUACUGCAUGGCAAAAAGUAACACCUGUCCAACUUCUUAUUCUGAAACUUAUUAAUAUGAAGUGGGUCCUUCCUUUGCAGCUAUAACAAUCUCUGCUAUUUUGUAAUAGCUUUCCAUUAGAUGUCGGACUAUAGACGGCAGGAGUUAUUUUUUAUUGAACCACAAGAGCAUUAAUGAGGUUGGGCACUGAUGUCGGGAGUCAGACUUGACUUGCAGUUGGUGUUCCAGUUCAUCCAAAUGGUGUUCAGUUGGGUGAAAGAAGUGGUUCUUUCAAUUCUGUCUAAACAAACUUCUGGGGGAAUUGUUCUGAAAGAGGAAAAAAAAAUUCACCAAACUGUUGGCACAAAGUAGGAAGCAAAGCCUUAAGGUUUUCUUCAAUAGGAACCAGGCACUCUAGCCCAAACCAAGGAAAACACUCCCUAUUAAUCGUUCAUGUCCUGACAUUGCUUGUAGAAACAGUGAGUGUUCCAAAUGAUAGCAUUAAACAGAGUGUCUGCAUAUUCCUGGCCAUAUUGUGUACACUACAGUUAUUGGAUCUUUUAUCCAGAAACCCGUUAUCUCUGAAAGCUCCAAAAUUUAGGAAAAAACAUUUUCCAAUGAGUUUUUAAAGUCUGCGUUAUUUUUAUAUAUAUAUAUUUUUUUCUUUUUUUGUAUAAUAGAACAGUACAUUUUACUCAUAACUAAUCUAGAAAACGUAUCUAAACUUAUCUAGAAAACCUUACAUCUCAAGCAUUAUAUUCUAUAUCUGUAAUGCCAUGUUUGUAGUGAAACCACCGGAAAUCAUAAUAAUUUUUUUUACUUGUCAGAAUGACUGGCCAGAAGGAUAUCAGCUUGCAGGAUCAAUGAAUUUCAGCUUCCCUCAGUGUUGUCCUAUCAAUCUAAAAACUCUCAUACCCAAUGCUAGUGCAGAUGCUUGAAAUCUAAUGAGGGAUACAAUGCACUGGGACCCAAAAUAAAGACCAACAGCCAGUCAGGGCUCAUUUCUGCAAAUAAAGACGGAAAGCAUGCCCCAUGGAACAGUGCCCUAACUACAAAAUAGGAAGAGGCCUUGUUUACAACAGAGCUAAUGGAGGCAUUUUAGGAGGUUUUGUAGGCCCUUUCUACAACUCACCUGGAGGAUACAUACCUUCAUUUAACAAGAAGGAGGUUGGAUCAGCAGAGCAGAGAAUACAGCUGGCACCAAUUGGAGCAGCAACAACUGUACACUCUCAGAUGCCAGCUCCACCUUUCAAGCCAGCUGCUGGAAAUCGCUCCAUAUUAAACCGUCCUCAACAACUGCAGCCAGUCCAUGGAAGAACAGAUUGGGCAGCCAAAUAUGGAGGCCAUCGUUAAGAGCUGAUGGACUUUCACAUUCCAAGAACUUUUCCCCCAGCAUUCUGUGGCUGUUUGUCAUUAAAUAUGAACAUUGUGCAAAUCUAUCUUUCCCUUGAAGGGAAAAGUGACCUGUUUAUUAUUAUUAUAAAUUAUUUGAUUUAUUUUGUUCCUGAAAUGGAUAGUAGACCUAUGAGCAUUGCUUAUAAAGCACAAUUGAACAUACAAUACCCUCCGUUUUUAUUUUUAACGUGUGCACAUAAUUAGCUUUCUCAAAUCAAACAAAGUUUGCAGAUGUCUGUAAUAUUGCACAGUGAAAGUGAAAUGGUUGGCAAGCUUAUUGUUUACAGAGAAUAUGUAAGUUUACCUCAAGCAGAGCAAACACUAUGGCAGCUUGCAUAUGUAUGAAUGUAUGUACAGCAGAACCCCCAGUUUACAUUUUUCAGGGGACCAGAAAUAAAUGGUGUAAAAUCCAGGAAAAUAUAUAGGUGGAACCACAAAACAACAAUGUAAACUUAAAAUCAGGGAAUGUAAAAUUGAGGUUCCACUGUAUAUGCUAAGAAAGUAUGUUUUGUAUACACAGACUAUAAAGCCCCAUACAGUCAAUUUAAUGAAAAAUGACCUGCAAGAGUUUUCUCUGAGGGCAAAAACAUCUCUCAUAGUGGUUGUAACUAGAUGACAUGUUCCUCAUGUGCAGUCCAUUACAAUAUUGAUACAUGAUCAAGGGUGACUAGCAUCUAUUGAUGUCACACAGAGCAUCGGUCAGUAUAUUACAGGAAUGGGACCUGUUAUCCAGAAUACUCUGGACCUUUGAUUUUCCAGAUAAGGGAUCUUUCCUUAAUUUGGAUCUUCAUACCUUGGGGCAGAUUCCCUAAAGGGUCAAG